GACACGCGCCAGUGCGAAGCUACCGCUGGCGCGCCGAUCCUCAAACGCCUUGCAGCUGCAACGCUUCCACGACUGCAGCGGUGUUGGCCGGGACAGGCAGCGAUGGCCAAGGGUCGCUCGAGCAAGGGCCGCAGGCCGAUGUUCCACCCCGGCGAGGGGGGACCCGUGCAGACAGGAGCAGCUACCAGGAUGUUCAAGUUCGCACCCCACCUGCUCAAGGGAAAGGUAUUCCUCGGAAAAGAAGACAUCUUGCAGCUGCUGGGAAACGUGCGCAACGUGGAGGCCGUGCGCCAGUCCCGCGGGAUCUCGAGGCAAGCAAUUGUCAUCACGGUCAUGGCGGCCAUCUUCUUGGUGCUGUUCUUCGUGCUCUCUGUCUACGGAAUAUACAUCUCAGGACAGUCGCGAGAGUGGUACACUUGCUACACGACUCAAUGCAGCGAGGCUGCGGCCUACCUCAAGGUACGCCUGUUAGAAAAGGGCGCCGACGAGUGCAACAACUUCUACGAUUAUGUCUGCAACACCUGGUCACACCACCGAGCCUUCGCACAGUCCUUCAUCGAAGACCUCAAGGAUUCCUUCUGGAGCGGCGUGAACUGGACGCUGUUAAGCGCUGCGAAGCACCCGCCCCCUAGUCGGAGCGGCAUGCACCUGAUGUACGCGCUCUACAACAGCUGCUACCGAUUCAUGACUACUCGGAGGCCGGUGCCGGACCGGGUGCGCUCGGUUUUCGAGAAGACCAACGCGGCACGCUGGGUCACGGGAGCGAGCUACGCUGAACUCAUCAGGCAGAUGAUACACCUGGCACUGAGCCGUGGAAUUAUCACGGUCUUCGAGCUGAAGUUCACUAAGGUUGGCGACUCUGAUCUCCUGCACAUUAGCAAGGGCAGCUCCCUGCGGUAUAAAGCGACGCCAGUGACGAACGAGCGCAUCUACCACGACUACAUUAAGGAAGUGCUCCAGGUGAUCGGCUACAAGUCGCACCUGGAGGGCAGCUUUAGCUACGUGGACACCAUCGACCGCAGCGUGGAGGUCAAUUUCGCGAAGCCGUCACGAACAAAAUCGGCCAACUUCACAGAACUUGGCACGCUGGACCGUAGGGCGUCCGCGCAGACCUGGCUAGAACGCAUCAACAGCGACGUGGUACAGCGCCAUUGGCAGAAGGAGGAAUCCGAGAUCCUCGUCACGGGCUUCGAACAGAUCAAGACCGUCAUGGAAAUCGUGAUGGGUGGCGGCCUUCGCAACGCCACCGCCUACAUCACCGUGCAAGUGGUGAUGGAGGUGCUGCGUUAUGACUUCUUCCGGCGCUACGAGCAGCAGCACGCGCGCGACGUGGUCAUCAUGUGCCUGAACACGACGCGCCAGUUCCUGUUCUACACGUGGCCCACCCUGGUGGCCAACCUGACCAUCGACAACACGGCUGUUGAGGCGAGCCGAAAGCUGUUCGACGAUAUCCUGGACGGGGUCGUAGACCACAUGAACCGCGCCCAUUGGCUCGAGCUGCCCUCCCGUCUUGAAGCCAUCAGGAAGGUGAGAAACGUGCGUCUGAUCACAAUCAACCCGAACAUCUCGGAGGCGUCGGUGGCCCAGAGCCGCCAGAUGAACUACUCGAAGCUGAGCAGGCCGCCCGCGGACUUCGUCAACAGCUACAUGGAGGCUGCCCAACUGGACACGCAGAUGCGCAGGGAGGUUGGCAACGAAGAGUACGGCUUCUACGGCAAACUCCAGCUGGCGGGUGACGUAGCGUACCUGAAGCUGUGGACCCUUCGGAGUGGCGCCGAGCUGUUUCUGCCAACGUUGCUGUCAGGGCCACCGCUCUUCUAUCCGGAGGCUGGCGAGCCUUUCAACUACGGCACCCUCGGAGUGCUGGUAGCUAUGGCUCUGAGCGGCGCCAUCGGCCACAGGGGGGCGCGUCUGUCGGCAGCGGGCAUUGAGGAGCUCUGGUGGACGGACCAGACUCUGAAGAACUACAACGAGGCGACUCGCUGCUACGAGGAGCAAUACCGACACCUGAGCAACUCCACAGCCUCCUUCUUGGCCGAGCAGAGGGACCAGGUGUUCCUCUGGACACGGGCGGCGCGUAUCGCAUUCGAUCGGUACCGGCUCAAGUACCGGGCCCGGAUCUCGCGUGGCCGCGAGCGGCAGCUGCACGACCGCGUGUUCUUCAUGCGGCUCUGCCUGCUCACGUGCACGAGCCGGGAGGAGGUGGGCGACCUGUGGCCCCGCUUUCGCUGCCACAUGCCGGUGCUCAACAUGCGCGAGUUCUCCGAGGCCUUCUCGUGCCGCGCCGUCGACCUGCUGGGUGCCGACAAGAAGUGCCCCUUCCUCUGAUCGCCGGCGCCUUUUUUUUUUUGUUUCAUUACGCGUGUUCGUUUAUCUCUAUCUAACGCACAGAGCUUUCUUUUUUUUGCGUUCAGGUACUGUGUGCAAAAAAAUUGCGAUGGGAACAGGGAAGAAGGUCGGGCGAAAGUAAUAACGCUCUCAUCGAUGCUUAGAUAUCUUGCUUUCUUUCUUCAACUGCGCGUCAUCUUAAGAAUAGCGAAGAAUUAAUCUGCCCUUGACGAGAGAAUACGUUCGCGCGUCCGUUGCGAGUACACUGGCCUGCCUUCUACAGACAGUGACCACAUCUGCGUAUUUACCAGUGCGGUUGUGCUUUAAUAAUAUUUUACUAAAUGAACCUUAUUGUCUGCACUGAGCGUUUACUAAAUGGACCUUAUUGUCUGCAUUGAGCAUUUAAUGAGUUAGUAGUCGCCAGAUGAUCUUUAUGGGCCGCGGUAUAUGUAUAUAAAAUAAAGAGCAACUUCACGUA